CUCAUUUAUCAUUUAUGGGCAUAUUGGUUUUUUUCUCCAUGGGGCUGACACUUUGAUAUUAGACUUGCUAAUGAGCAGCAACCAUGUGCCCCUGCUGCCUGUCCUUCAGUGCAGUCCAUGGAUUUUCCGUGCAGCUGAGAAGAGCUUAGCAGUUGACCUCCUUCCACAUUCUGCUCUCAGAAAAUAGGCAAGGGGACGGUCCAGCGGUGGUGUUUGACACUGAAGACAGUGUAUUUCCUUCCUAUGCAAAACAGCCAAGGCGAAAAAGACAAAAAGGCUGACCCCUGGAAGGAGGUAGGAUGGAAAAGGCGAUUCUGGCAGCCACCUUUGCAGCCUCCAACUCCAGCACCAUGAACGUGUCCCUUGCUCACCUCCACUUUGCUGGAGGGUACCUACCCUCUGACUCCAAGGACUGGAGGACUGUGGUCCCAGCUCUCUUGGUGGCUGUCUGCCUGGUGGGCUUCGUGGGGAACCUGUGCGUGAUUGGCAUCCUUCUUCACAGCGCCUGGAAAGGAAAGCCGUCCCUGAUCCACUCCCUGAUUCUGAACCUCAGCCUGGCGGACCUCUCUCUCCUGCUGUUUUCUGCACCUCUUCGAGCUACAGCAUACUCCAGAGGUGUUUGGGAUCUAGGCUGGUUUGUCUGCAAAUCCUCCGACUGGUUCAUCCACACGUGCAUGGCAGCCAAGAGCCUGACCAUCGUUGCAGUGGCCAAAGGAUGCUUCAUGUAUGCAAGUGACCCGGCCAAGCAAGUAAGUAUCCCCAGCUGUACCAUCUGGUCAGUGCUGGUGGCCAUCUGGGCUGUGGCUAGCCUGCUGUCCCUGCCAGAAUGCUUCUUUAGCACCACCAGGCUUCACGCAGGUGUGGAAAUGUGCCUUGUGGACGUGCCCACCGUGGCCGAAGAGCUCAUGUCAAUGUUUGGGAAGCUCUACCCUCUCCUAGUAUUUUGCCUCCCGUUCCUCUUCGCCAGCUUUUAUUUCUGGAGAGCUUAUGGCCAGUGUCAAAAACGAGGAACUAAGACUCAAAAUCUUAGAAACCAGAGGCGCUCGAAGCAGCUCACAGGGAUGCUGGUGAGCAUCGCCGUCACCUCUGCUGUGCUGUGGCUCCCUGGGUGGGUAGCGUGGCUGUGGGUGUGGCACCUGAGGGCCGGAGGCCUGGCCCCACCACAAGGUUUCGUAGCCCUGUCUCAAGUCCUGACGUUCUCCAUCUCCUCAGCAAAUCCUCUCAUUUUUCUAGCGAUGUCGGAGGAGUCCAAGGACGUCUUGAAAGACUUAUGGAAAUGGAUGAUAACCAAAAAGCAUCUGGCUGUCUCCGAGUCCCAGGAAGCACCAGCUGGUCCCUCAGAGGUCUUUCCCGACCACGUGCCCUCCCCCGAGUCCCCAGUAUCCAUCCCAGAAAGAGAGGGAAGUGGGAAGGCAGAGAUCCCCGUCCUCCCCGACGUAGAGCAGUUUUGGCACGAGAGGGACACGGCCCCUUGUGUGCAAGACAAUGACCCUGUUCCCUGGGAACACGAAGAUCAAGAGACAGGAGGGUGUGCUAAGUAAUUAAGUUUCAGAGCAAAACAAAUUGUGAUUAUUGUUAUUGUAUUGCUGCUUAUCAAAUGUGGCUGACGUUAUCAUGUACAACAAAAUCAUUCCCUUUAGGAGUUACAAAACUUGCUUCAGAGCCUGCAUUUUCAAAAUGUGCAAUUUGGUAAGUAGAAUGUCACAUCAGGAGCAGUGAUUGUGUUUCAGAAUUAAAACCAGGCUGCCCAAAGGGCUGCGCUAUAUGUUCGUGCCACAGGCACUCAAGCCGGGCUAGUCCGUCCUUGUUCACAGUGGCUGUUCCAUGGGCUGCUCUUUGCCCUGUAUGUACCGGCUGGAGUGGAGCUUAUUGUCAGAAGCUGAACCCUCUUACCUUUAGCUUCUUCCUGAGCCUGCUAGCCUUGACUUUAUCUAUCAAACUUUAUUCCACAUAACCAAAGCUCAAAAUCUAUGUCCACACAAUGAGGUUAUUUGUUUAAAGAUUUUAAUUAUUUUUAGAGAGGGGGAGGGAAGGAGAGAAACAUUAGUGUGUGGUUGCCUCUCGUGCGCCCCCUACUGGGGACCCUGGCAUGUGCCCAGGCAUGGCUGAAACCCAGGCAUGUGCCUGACCAGAAAUUGAACCCGUGACCCCCUGGUUCACAGGCUGGCUUUCAAUCUACUGAGUCACAUCAGCCAGGGCUGAGGUUUUUUAUCUUUAACAUAGUAAUGAAUACAUUUCAAUUGAGCCAUCUUCUUUUGCUUAAAAUAAGUAAAUUGACUUGAUGAAAAUCUCCACAGAAUGUGUAGGACUGAAGAUGGCAGAAUAAGAAAUAUCACCUUAUUCUAGUUCUGGGCUAAUUUCAAAUCACAGCUUAUUUGGGCCAAGUUUUAGUAAAUUCAAACUUUGCCUUAUGCCGAAAGCUGCUUCACUGAGCUCUUUAAUGCCACCUCAGUGAGUCUUCAGUUUCUAAGGAUCUGAGCAGCUUACCAUGCGUGACAUUCUCUAUUCUGACAUGGAAAGAGAACCUAAAAAACUACCCUUCUGUCUCCUGUGUUUGGGAGAACUGUGUUUGGGGAAGAGCUGUGUUCAGCUCUCCCACAAGCUGAAAUGAGUCUGCUCCUCCCAGUAUCUCCUUUCUCUCAAGAUAAACUAUAACCUAUGGCUAAUGAUACAGGCAUUCAUUACCGAAGGCAAACAUCAAAUAUAAUUAAUUACAAAAGGGGGAUACAAAUGAACUUUCUUGUUAGGUAGCAUUAAAUGUAACCUUAACGUUGAACUUGAACCCCACUCAACUUUUAAAAGCCCUCAGAGGUUUGAGGUUUUAAGUGAUACAAUUACAAGUAGCAAGAGAAAAAGGGGGAUGGGCAAUGUAGAAAGGGAAGCAAUAAAAUCCAAUUCUGUGUUCCUAAACAUAUUACCAGUAUAACUUGAAUAGGCAGUAACUGUUCAUUUUAUAGCAAGUUAAAGCACCUCCCAUAAACAUGAUUAUGAUAUAUUUCUUUCCCUGUAACAUAUAAUAAGGACAUUUAUCCAUGGUUCUCAAUUACUCUGCAGUGGAACUUCUGAGGUAUUUUCACUGAAGGAUUCUCUCAGGGGAGAAAAAUUGUCUUUAAGGCAAGUGAUGAAUAAUUUAAAAUAUAAAAUUGCUGUGGAUGGAAUUUUUAAAAAAAUGUUCAGUCUGGAUGUUAGGGUUUUUAUUUUUACAAAUGGUCAUGGUUUGUUUAACACAGAAGAUAGGGGCUGUUUUAACUCAGUUCAUUACAAAUUUUAUUCUGAGGCUCACAUGAUCACAUAAAGUACAAUUUAACCGGAGUAUCCAAAAUACUGUUUUUGUGAUAAGAUAGUUGUUACACAAAGGGAUUACCUUUAACACCUGUCUGUGAUGAACUAUUUGAAUUAAAGGUUUUUAUGUAUAUUACAUAUAGUAAAUGUAGGAUGCAAGAUUCCAGUGUUUGAUCUCUUAACUUACAAACAAAUAAAAACUGUUUCGCUUCAGACAGUUUUGGAGAAGUCAAGUCUGUCUUGAAUGCUCCUUUCAAAAUCAUCGUUUGGCACAAGGAGGCUUUGUGCGGAGGUCCCGGAAACUGACUCAUUGAUUUGUCAAGUGUCUGCUGAUAAGCAGCAAAUCAAGACGCAGGACUGAAACAGUGUAAUUUCAACAACCCUUUCAUUAAAAGCUGGAUGCACAGAGUCACAACCUGAUCUCCUAAAGAAAUCUGCAUGAAAAGAGUGUGAUCUGCAACUUGCAUGAGCCAUCAACCCCAAAUACUUUGUAGUAACAGCAGGAAACCCGGAAUCUCCAAACCAUUUUCUCCCCACGUCUCUACUGCGAGCAAGGGAAUGCCGUGAACGGGCACACGGCACCACGUGGGACUCAAAAGAACCGACUGCUCCAGAAGCUCCCCCUUUGCGAGACAGUCAUGUUUCUGUGACAGUUGUGUUCCUUUUGUCAAACACUUCCAUUUCACUCCUCAUAAGACGUAAGAAUCAUUCAAUGAAUUUAUAUAAAUAAACUUUAAAAACAGAGAAGGGGGAAAAGAAGGAAACAACCCUGCUGACUAGCAGUUGUACAGGUUAAGGCCUUAGUGAAGCAAUCACGUCCAGGUCACCCCAUACAGAGUUCACCCGAGUUCUGAGGCAUAUCGCGUAUUUAAGCUGAGCACUCAGUAACAGAGAUGUGAACGUGUUUGUGUAUGUGGGUGGUGUGUAUCUGUGCACGUGACAGAUCUGGUGGUAUUCCCUCUUUUUAGGUUUUGUUACAAUCACAAUUUGUGUAAGAUUAACAGAGAAAAUAGACUAUCCUAUUGACAUUUAUUUUUCUAAACAUUUUCUUUAUGGGGUACUGAAACUAGAAACCUAUGAAGGAAUGAAAUAGAAGGAUCUUUCUAAACUGGGGAGGUAAAGCUACAAAGAACAACUGGGGAUUAAAGGGUAAGUUCCACGGCACGGUGUGCAUGACACCUCGAAAGGAUGCCAAAACAAAGAAAGCAGCAUUAACUGUCAGUGUUAAUGUAAAAGGCAAAAACAAGAAAACAAAAAACAGCUAAGAGACUGAGCACCAAAAUGGUUCUUUACACAUCCCAUCCCUUUUGUACUGCAAAUAAUUUAGUCCAGUCAAGCCUUUCAAAACUAUGUGAUAUUCAAGACUUAAAGUCAACUUUUUUUUUGUACCAAAUUACAUUUGCUGCUGCUUCUAAGAACAGGUUUAAAAGAAGUUUUUAUAAACUAUGUAGCAUAAUCAUAUACAAUCCACAUAUAUAAAAAGGGUUGGUUUAUUGUAGUUCAAAUACAUAAACUGAACAUUCAAACAUCUUAAAAUUAAACUUUAGAAACAAAAGUUUAACAUUCAAACAGGAGUAUAGUUUACAGGGAACACCCAGAAAGGUAAUCUGCUGUCUAAUCCAGAAUAUUGAUAGAGAUCACUGAACAGUGAGCAUGUUUAACCAGCAGUUCUCUCUUCUGGCCAACAUGUUAAAUUAUGACUGUGGUUCCACACCUGAGAAGAAAUUACUAAAUAAAUCUUCUCUUAUGCUAAACAAGACUUGGCCUACAAUUCAGAGGGGAUAAUCAAAGCACGUAAGUGAACAAAUAAAACUAAAGUGUUCUUUACAGACAAAGGUAAAAGUAUGUCCAUUAUAAUAAUCUUAACCUCUGGAAGAAAAGAAUUCAAUUUUCAGUGUUUUCUCUUUUACCCGCUUUAAAAAACAAAAUCAAAACAAACCAAACCCCAACUUAGGUUUUCUUGGAGUCUGUGGUAUAUUUGUAUCUUGCAAGUUCAAACCACAAAUGCUCCUAUGUCUUCAAUGUAUAA